UACAUCAGGUGUCCCAAUCAGUAUACCCCCUUACAUCAGGUAUUCCCAUCAGAGUGCCCCCUUACAUCACUGUCCCCAUCAGAGUGCCCCCUUACAUCAGCGUCCCCAUCAGAGUGCCCCCUUACAUCAGGUGUCCCCAUCAGAGUGCCCCCUUACAUCAGGUGUCCCCAUCAGAGUGCCCCCUUACAUCAGGUGUCCCCAUCAGAGUGCCCCCUUACAUCAGGUGUCCCCAUCAGAGUGCCCCCUUACAUCAGGUGUCCCUAUCAGAGUGCUCACUUACAUCAGUGUUCCCAUCACAGUGCCCCCUUACAUCAGUGUCCCCAUCAGAGUACCCCUUACAUCAGGUAUUCCCAUCAGAGUGCUCACUUAGAUCAGGUAUUCCCAUCAGAGUACCCCCUUACAUCAGAUGUUUCUAUCAGAGCGCCCCUUACAUCUGAUGUCACCAAUAGAGUGCCCCCUUACAUCAGGUGUCCCCAUCAAAGUGCCCCUUACAUCAGAUGUCCCCCAUCAGAGCACCCCUUACAUCAGGUGUCCUCUUCAGAGUGUCCCCUUACAUCAGAUGUCCCCAUCAAAGAGCUCACUUACAUCAGAUGUCCCGAUCAGAGCGCCCCUUACAUCAGGUGUCCCCAUCAGAGUGCCCCGUACAUCAGUGUCCCCAUCAGAGCGCCCCUU